GGGGCACCAAAAUGGUGGUCCCAUCAGCUCGAUUUCUUCGUCGUCUUCGCCAUUAAUUAUGGCGCUCGAAAACCGCAAUCAACAACAACAUUCUGGCACCGUGACGCCCUUCCCACCCCGAUUUUUCAGCUCGGCAACGGGAAAAAAUGAAGGAGCAUCCGAGAAAAAGGAAGAGUCAGAAGAGACUUCGAAGGAAAAAGAAGCGAAUACGACCGACGAGGAGAGUCUGAAAGAUACCGUUCGUCGAAUGCAGCGAGAAAAAGGCACGAAAGGUAGCGACGACGAUGAACGAGUGAACGACCUUCUGCGACAAGCCUCCCAAUUUUGGUCGACUGCAUCAGAUGAAAUAGGCAAGACAUGGGGAGAGCUUUUGCGAUCCGGUGAUCGCAAGGAUAUUAACAAAAAAAUCGGUCGCCCCCAAGAUACAGCGGAAGGCGAGGAAGAAUAUACAGGGCCUGUGUCAAUUAUGGUGAUAGAUGAAAGCGAAAAUCUUACUGCAUGGGAGCGAAUGCARAAACGAUUAACCGAAGCUCCAGUGAUCCAAGGUACAUAGUUUGAUCUGUCAUGCGGUGGAUGAAAUCGGCAAUGAUGCUAUUCGACGAAAACAAAAGAUGGAUGUAUUUUGAAAAUAAUGUUCCAUCGAAAAUUUCAAUACAGGUUGAAGUUGUUUCUCACGUUCAAACCCCAUUUGUGUAUUUCACAGACAUCCUAAGUCGGUCGGAAGAUAUUUAUGAAAAAUCUGGAGUAAAGAAAGCGAAACAAAAAGUUGAUCAUCUAACGGAGGAUGCCCGUGAAGCCUGGGAAACGAGUCAAAAUCCGUGGGUGUACCGUGUAAGCUCAGUAUACGAGACGAUGACUGCCGAAACACCAGAGUCGAUUGCUGUCGCUGAAUUGCGAAAGCUGGAUCCAGAAUUUACGCUAGACGACUGGCGUGAAGAUGUAGCUGAACACACCCUGCCUAAAAUUAUGGAGUGGCUCCUCGAGGGAAAAAUUAAUCAAUUAAAACCAUGGCUAGCAGAAGGCGUUUUCAAGAGAAUUGCAGCAGAGAUCACAGCUAGAAAACAGGAAGGAGUGCAAAUCGACACCCAUGUUCUGGGAAUUAUGAACUCGGAAAUUUUGGCUGUGGAACCUGAUGAAGUAGAAAAGGGGUCACCUAUUAUCGUUCUUCAUUUCAUGUGUCAACAAAUCAACUGUGUUCGGAAGAAAGACGACGGAACGAUCGUAGAGGGAUCAGAAGACGAAAUCAAAGCAAACAGUUACGUCGCAGCCUUCCAAAGAGAAUACAAUGAGAAGAAAGGCGAGUUAAAUUGGAAGAUAGUCGAUUUCAGGUUCAAUGGUGCUAUUGCGUACCUAUAAAAAGUCAGGUAGACAUUAACGAUACAGAACACUCGACUUUUACCUGGAUUCCUUCUAAGAAUAGAAUAUCCCUAUUGUG